CAACUCUUCAUAUACCGUGUCACCAACAUUUAUCCAGGCAUCUUCUUCAGGGACGAUCAGCAAAUCAACAACUCUUCAUGUACCGUGCCACCAACAUUUAUCCAGGCAUCUUCUUCAGGCAUCUUCUCUAGAAACGAUCAGCCAAUCAACAACUCUUCUUUACGGCCAAGCCCUCCUUUCACCGUACAUCGUAUCCACGUAUACGGUACCAUUUCGUUUUGCGUAUAUAUUGAUCAGGAUUCUCCCACACUUUCAAUAUUUAAGAAGCCUCAACUAAACAUAAAAGCAGUUAUUCUCAGCUUGUUGGUUUAAAUCAACGACACCGCUCCUGUCUUGCUGUCAUUGUCGACACAGCAUAAGUUACAUGCAACAUGUCGAGUUCUUAUCAUUUCAAACUACCCAUGCUUGGGAUCGCUGUACCUUCCACUAAUCUCGCAGUCACCACUGGUUCAAUUGUUUGUCUGUUAGUGCUUGUACAGUGGGUGUUACAGUGGGUAUUAAAGCAGAAUCGUCUUCCUCAAUGGCCUGUCUAUAACAAAGCCUCGCCUUUUAACCCAUCUAAGGCGAAGAAUAAUUUUCGCCAGAGUGCUGAUGAGUUACUUCUCAACGGAUUUUCCAAGUCUCCCAAAGGGUAUUUUCUGGAUACGGACGUAGGACGCCAAAUGAUCUUGUCGCCGCAAUACGCAGAUGAACUUCGAAACGACCCUCGUCUCAGUUUUAAAGAGUUCACUAGCCGUGAUUUCUCUGGAGACCUUCCUGGAUUUGAGGUGUUUAGUUCUAAAAGUGAUGCUAACGCGAUAGGUGUGGAUGUCGUGCGAAAGAAACUAACACGCACUUUGGGACUUGUUACUGAAGAUAUAUCGGAGGAAAUGGCAGCAGUUCUCCCCGAGCAGUGGAGCGAAGAGACUGAGUGGCAUGAAGUACCGCUCAAAUCAACCCUGCUAGAGAUGGUUGCACGGCUUUCGUCUCGCGUGUUCCUCGGAUUAGAUGUUUGUCGAAACCCAGAGUGGAUUCGCAUUACCAUCGAUUAUACCGUCAAUGUCUUCAUGGCAUCCUCAGCAAUAAAGCGAUAUCCGAAAUUCCUUCAUAGAAUUGCCAAUUGGUAUCUUCCUGAAACGCGCAAGAUUCGUGCACAAGUCACUGAAGCACGCCGUAUCAUCCAACCGGUAAUUGACCGACGAGCUGCCGCUGGUUGGGUUCAUCCAGGAGGUCAAGGAUAUACAGAUGCAAUACAGUGGAUGCAUGAAAUGUCUGAAGGCAGAAAUUAUGAUCCAGCUAUCCAGCAAUUAGGUCUUUCAAUGGCAGCAAUCCAUACUACUACGGACUUAGUCAAUCAGAUUCUAUUUGACAUUUGUCCGCAACCUAAUCUAAUUCAAGCGUUGCGUGAUGAGGCUAUCGAAAUGCUUAAGAACGGGGGGUGGAAAAGAACUGGGCUUUAUAAGCUCAGACUCAUGGAUAGUGUGAUGAAAGAGAGCCAGCGUCUGAAGCCGACAGGAUUGGUGUCGAUGCGCCGCUACGUGACCGAAGACAUGACGCUGCAAGACGGUGUCUUUCUUCCGAAAGGCAGCAUGCUCGGGGUAUCAUCUCACUGGUCUUGGGGCUCUUCUUCAUUCUACGAAAACCCAGAGAAGUUCGAUGGUUAUCGCUUUCUUAGAAUGUCAGAGGAUCCCGAGACAGAGAAAACAGCGCAUUUUGUAUCAACAAGUCCACAACAUCUAGGGUUUGGUUAUGGAAAACAUGCCUGUCCAGGUCGCUUUUUUGCCGCCAAUGAGGUAAAAAUUAUGCUUAUACAUAUCCUGCUUAAAUAUGACUUCAAGUUGCCUGAAAACACUAAUCCGACAGUCUUCAGAAUGGGAUGGAUGGUGUCAUCAGAUGCACAGGCAAAACUGCUUGUUCGACGGCGCCGGGAAGAGAUAUCAGUGGACCCAGUUUGAUUUAUUAUUAUUCUUGUUAUUAUUGUGAAAAUUCAAACUUUUUUACCGACCAUAUCAAGCCCCUUAGUCAUGACAGUCACGAACGAGCUGGAUCUUUUCGUAGCCGAUUCAUGUGGAUUGCCGAUGUUUCAUGAGUAUAUAUGCCUUUAUCGAGGAACAGAUUUGUUCGUACACUACAAAAAUCCACCGUAAUAAUUAAUUUAUUUUCCUCCAUGGAUAAUUGGAGCCUGGAGUCAUGUGACCGCGUCGGAUCCGCGUGGCCGAAAAACGCCGAGAAUCACGCUCUAAUCCGACACUAGGAA